GCUGUGUCCGGAGCUGUCUGGGGUGCACGGGGGGGCAGGGUUGUAUUACGCUCCCCAAGAGAGGUAGUAGGGAGGGAGCGGUGUUGGUGUCUGAGGCGCCGUGGGGCAGGGGUCCCGUGGGGCAGUGCAGGUGCGUGGGGCGAGGGCCAUGCAGAAGGAGGAGCUGGGUGUAGAUGAGAACCGCGACCCCGAGCCAGAGCCGCAGCUGCUGGGGCUGAAGAAGGAGAAGUGCCGACCUGAGGGGCUGGAGGGGCAGCUGCACAACCUCACCAACCACAUCCCAGCAGGCGUUCCUGCUCACCCCCCGUCUGCUCCCGCAGCACCUGGAGGGCCAACGCCAACGGCCCGAGAGGCUGCGGAGAGAGGUGCCCCGCUGAGCCCUCCAACACCCUCAACAUCCGCAAGCUGCAGCUGUCAGAGCGCGAGGCAGGCCGCCCGCCCCCCCACCGCUUUACCCCACCGUACCACCCCCACCCCCGGCCCUUCCCCACCGCCCACCGCCGAGCUACUGCCCCGGGGCCAAGGAGUGGGGCCCAGCACCAGAUGGGCACGGCCCGGGAGGGGGCGAGGGGCUGGGCUACCCCGCCGGCGCCCUGCACUGAGCCCCCGGAGCCCGGAGCACGCCGGCCCAGCCCCACAGGAUGCCAGAAACGGCGCCGAGCGAUGGCCCUGUUCCGCCCGCGCCGGGCAUUCCCGUGGACAGCAGCCGGCCCGCAACCCUCCCAAGAUCAGCUACGCCAGCAAGCUGAAGGAGAACCUGGAGCACCAGCCGGCCCGGGUGCCGGCCUCCGCCCUGCGCACCGCCGGCCCGCUGCCCAACGGCUCCCCGGCACUGCCGGCCGAGCCGCAGCUGGGGGCCAUCUUCCAGAACCAGUGGGGGCUGUCCUUCAUCAACGAACCGGGCGCCGGGCAGCAAACGGCGCCCGCCGCAGGGCACAGCUGGGACUGCUGGCAGCACAUGAGCCCCGAGGACUGGGAGGAGGCGCGGGACUAUCACACGGAAGCAUGGGAUCACAUAUGGGAGCUGCACAGACAAGCUCCCAGCAGAGUCACAGUCUACGCUGACCCCCUGGAUGGCAAGGGUUAAAUGGGGGCCUCCCGCCGCUGGGGCUGUCGCUGUGAGCCAGGUGGGGGUGGGCCAGGACCCCCCACGGAGACUUGGCCUCAGACUCACCCCAGUGGGGCACGGCGUGGAGCCGGUGGGAUCCAUGGGGAGACCUGGCCCCGCCUUCCGGUUUGACGACUGUUUUAGUCUCCCCUCUUCGUCCCGGUUUAUUGUUCCAUCCCCAGCGAGCUGCAGCUCGAGGCCGCCGCAGAUUAAAGGCAAAAUGAAUUUAUUUAAAUUCA